AAGAGUCCGCCUCCCGCGGGCCGCUUGCGGGCCGCCGCCCGGCAGGGUGGGUGGGCGCGGGGCCGCCUCUAUCCGCCGGCCGCGGUGACUCGGCGAUCUUGGACCGGAAGGGUCUAGGGGGGACCCACCUACAGCCGCGGCGCGGACUUUGACCAGCGCCUGGGGAGGAGCGGACAGUGUGUCCGUGGGCAGGCCGCCGAGAUGUUAUCCUACGCUGCCAGGACCGUGCCCGGGCAAGUGGCUGCCUCUUGCUAGGUUCUGCUCACCCACUUGGUAGCACAGUUAGGCUUAGCGAUCCAGCCCAAGGCAGACAGACAGGGCUCAGAACCUCAGUCCUGCCAUGGAGGACGGGCAGCAGAAAGAGAAGGUGAGGCCCCUGGGCUUCCUCAAGCCCUCCUCCUUGACGAAGGUUUCCAGUCGCUUCAAGACGCACCAGGACUCGCUGCCCCGGCUGCCCGUGCCCCCGCUCCAGCAGACCCUGGACCAUUAUCUCAAGGCACUGCAGCCCAUCGUCAGUGAAGAGGAGUGGGCCCAAACCAAGCAGCUGGUGGAAGAGUUUCAGUCUCCAGGGGGCGUAGGGGAGCGCCUGCAGAAGGGGCUGGAGCGCAGGGCCAGGAAGACGGAGAACUGGCUGUCUGAGUGGUGGCUCAAAACAGCUUACCUCCAGUACCGCCAGCCCCUGGUCAUCUAUUCCAGCCCGGGCAUGGCGCUGCCCAGGCAGGACUUUGUGGAUCUGCAGGGACAGCUCCGGUUUGCUGCCAAAUUAAUUGAGGGUGUGUUGGAUUUCAAGGCCAUGAUUGACAACGAGACCCUGCCCGUGGAGUACCUGGGGGGCAAGCCGCUGUGCAUGAACCAGUACUAUCAGAUCCUGUCCUCCUGCCGAGUGCCAGGCCCCAAGCAGGACUCGGUCACCAACUUCAGCAAGAUCAAGAAGCCACCCACGCACAUCACUGUGGUGCACAACUACCAAUUUUUUGAGCUGGACGUGUACCACAGUGAUGGGACACCCCUGACCUCGGAUCAGAUCUUCACGCAGCUGGAGAAGAUCUGGAACUCGUCCCUGCAAACCAACAAAGAGCCUGUGGGCAUCCUCACCUCCAACCAUCGCAACUCCUGGGCCAAGGCCUACAGCACCCUCAUCAAAGACAAGGUGAACCGGGAGUCGGUGCGCUCCAUCCAGAAGAGCAUCUUCACCGUGUGCCUGGACGCGCCCAUGCCUCGGGUCUCGGAGGACAGGUACCGCCACCAAGUGGCCUGCCAGAUGCUGCACGGGGGCGGCGGCAAGCUCAACAGCGGCAACCGCUGGUUCGACAAGACGCUGCAGUUCAUCGUGGCCGAAGAUGGUGCCUGUGGGCUCAUUUAUGAGCAUGCGGCAGCAGAGGGACCCCCCAUCACCACCCUUGUGGACCACAUCAUUGAGUUCACGAAGAAGCCCGAGCUCGUGCGGUCUCCCAUGAUACCCCUGCCCAUGCCCAAGAAGCUGCGGUUCAACAUCACCCCUGAGAUCAAGAGCGACAUCGAGAAGGCCAAGCAGAACCUCAGCAUCAUGAUCCAGGAUCUGGACAUCACGGUGUUCGUGUUCCACCACUUUGGAAAGGACUUCCCCAAGUCAGAGAAACUGAGCCCGGACGCCUUCAUCCAGAUGGCCCUCCAGCUGGCCUACUACAGGAUCUACGGGCAGGCGUGCGCCACCUACGAGAGCGCCUCCCUGCGCAUGUUCCACCUGGGCCGCACCGACACCAUCCGCUCGGCCUCCAUGGACUCGCUGACCUUCGUCAAGGCCAUGGGCGACCCUAAUGUGACGGAGCACCAGAAGGUGGAGCUGCUGCGGAAGGCCGUGCAGGCCCACCGAGCCUACACCGACCUGGCCAUCUGCGGGAAGGCCUUUGACCGGCACCUGCUGGGCCUGAAGCUGCAGGCCAUCGAGGACCUGGUCAGCAUGCCCGACAUCUUCAUGGACACCUCCUACGCCAUCGCCAUGCACUUCAACCUCUCCACCAGCCAGGUCCCCGCCAAGACAGACUGUGUCAUGUUCUUUGGGCCUGUGGUCCCAGAUGGCUACGGCGUCUGCUAUAACCCCCUGGAGUCGCACAUCAACUUCUCCGUGUCGGCCUACAACAGCUGUGCCGAGACCAACGCCGUCCGCCUGGCGCACUACCUGGAGCAGGCGCUCCUGGACAUGCGCGCCCUGCUGCAGAGCCACCCCCGGGCCAAGCUCUGAGCCUCGUUGCUCAGACCUGCCGAUGCCACGGCCAAGCCACCGUGGGAGGGCCACCCGCCGGGCUCCGCUCCUUCACUCCCCUGUCCCCUGGGCCUGACACGUCUGACCCAGUUGGGGACAAGCAUCCCCCAGUGGAGCCUGCAGGCCCGAGCCAAGUGCCUUCCGUGGGUCCUCACCAGCACCCUCUGGGGCCAAGCAGGAGGGAGGCCUGGGCGCCUGGCCUCCCACCUGCUGCGGCGGCCUCUGGGGAAAGGAACCAGCCCAGCUCGCCCCUCAUCGGGGUGACAGCUGGGCCGUCCUUUCCUUGCCAGCUCAACUCUGCCCGGUUCCUGCCAUCUGCGCAGCCAGGCUGAGGUCUCCACCCUGAUCCCCAAGCUCCCGAGGACCCAGAGACAGGAUCACCUGAGGCUGGGCACCUUCCCGAGGCUGAGGAGCUGAGCAGCAAGGUGUGCUGGUGGAAAAGCCUGCCCUGCAUCACAGCGCCCUCUCUGUGGCUCCGCGCUGUGGCUCAUGGGCCCCAGCCCGCUUGCUUCCUGAACACGUCCCGGUUGUGCAGUAGUAACCGGCAGGGCAGUCAGUUAAUAAAGGGGAAGUCUGCCUGGAAA